CUCGUCAAACAGUACUGUUACUAGCUCAUACUGGUAGCAUUUCCAAGAAUGAAGCUACUUCCUGAUUGUGCUGCGCUUUAUUAAGAUGCUUUAACGCUGACCGGUGUAGUCCUGCUGCUGGAGCCGCGCGCUUCCCGCUGACGUCACCGUGGGUUCUCCUCUGAGGAGUUGAAGCCAGAGAGAGAGAGAGAGAGAGAGAGAGAGAGAACCGGGGAGCUCUGUCAGCAGGACAUAACGCGUUUUUACUGCACACUCUCUUGUGAAGGACGGGCUCGUAUUCUGGUGUCUAGUUGUGGAGUGCAAUGGAUGAUGGGAAGCCUGUGUGGGCACCCCAUCCAACUGAUGGGUUCCAGCUGGGGAUGAUAGUAGACAUUGGUGCUGACACACUCACUAUUGAACCAGUCAGUCACAGGGGCAAGACAUUCCUGGCUCCGAUUAGCCAAGUCUUCCCAGCAGAGGAUGAUGUCAACAAACAUGUAGAGGACAACUGUUCUCUUAUGUACUUAAAUGAAGCCACCCUUCUGAACAAUGUACGGGUUCGUUACAGUAAAGACAUGAUCUAUACAUUUGUGGCUAACAUCCUCAUUGCUGUGAACCCUUACUAUGACAUUCCUAAACUCUACGCCCCUGAGACCAUCAAGAGCUACCAGGGCCGCUCUUUGGGAACUCUCCCACCUCAUGUUUAUGCUAUUGCUGAUAAGGCAUAUCGAGACAUGAAGGUGCUGAAGAUGAGCCAGUCCAUCAUUGUGUCUGGUGAAUCUGGGGCUGGAAAAACUGAAAACACAAAGUUUGUUCUCAGGUAUUUAACCACAUCAUAUGGUACUGGUCAAGAUAUUGAUGAGAGGAUUGUUGAGGCAAACCCACUGCUUGAAGCAUUCGGAAACGCAAAGACUGUCAGGAACAACAACAGUAGCCGUUUUGGAAAAUUUGUGGAAAUUCAUUUUAAUGAAAAGAAUGCAGUCGUAGGUGGAUUUGUCUCACAUUAUCUGUUAGAGAAGUCUCGCAUCUGCAUGCAGAGUUCAGAUGAGCGCAAUUAUCACAUAUUCUACCGGCUCUGCGCUGGUGCCUCUGAAGACAUCAAGAAUAUGCUGCACUUAAACUCACCUGACAAUUUCCGGUAUUUGAAUCGUGGCUGCACAAGAUACUUUGCAAGCAAAGACUCAGAUAAGCAGAUCAUGCAGAACCGGAAGAGUCCUGAGCAAAUGAAAGUAGGAGCCCUGAGAGACCCUCAGCUGGAUGACGUGGGGGAUUUUAAUAGGAUGUGCAUAGCUAUGAAAAAGAUCGGCCUUGACGACACAGAGAAGCUCAAUCUCUUUAGAGUGGUGGCAGGAGUCCUGCAUCUUGGCAACAUAGACUUCGAAGAAACUGGGAGCACCUCUGGUGGCUGUGUUUUGAAGAACCAGUCGAAUCAGACUCUGCAGUACUGUGCCGAGCUCCUGGGCUUGGACCAGGAUGACCUGAGAGUCAGCCUUACCACGCGGGUCAUGCUCACCACUUCAGGGGGCACAAAAGGCACAGUCAUCAAAGUGCCACUGAAGGUGGAGCAGGCCAACAAUGCGCGUGAUGCAUUAGCCAAGGCCAUUUACAACCGCCUCUUCGAUCAUGUGGUCACACGGGUCAACCGGUGCUUCCCCUUUGAGACCUCCUCAAACUUCAUUGGAGUGCUGGACAUUGCUGGAUUUGAGUAUUUUGAGCACAACAGCUUUGAGCAGUUCUGCAUCAACUACUGUAAUGAAAAGUUGCAGCAGUUUUUCAAUGAGCGCAUACUGAAAGAGGAGCAAGAACUGUAUCAGAAAGAAGGCUUGGGAGUGAAUGAAGUUCAUUAUGUUGAUAAUCAGGACUGCAUAGACCUUAUUGAGGCAAAACUGGUAGGAAUUCUGGACAUCCUAGAUGAGGAGAACCGACUACCUCAGCCCAGUGACCAGCACUUUGUUGAGGCUGUUCACACCAAGCACAAAGAUCACUUCCGCCUCACGAUUCCAAGAAAGUCCAAACUAGCAGUCCACAGGAACCUAAGGGAUGAUGAAGGAUUCAUCAUCAGGCACUUUGCUGGAGCUGUGUGUUAUGAGACUAUCCGUUUUGUGGAGAAGAAUAAUGAUGCCCUCCACAUGUCCUUGGAGAGCCUUGUUUGUGAGUCAAAGGACAAGUUUGUCCGUGAUCUCUUUGAGAACAACUCAAACUCAAAAGACUCCAAGCAGAAGGCUGGCAAGCUCAGCUUCAUCAGCGUAGGAAACAAAUUCAAGACCCAGUUGAUUCUUCUACUAGAAAAGCUACACAGCACAGGUUCAAGCUUCAUCCGCUGUGUGAAGCCCAAUCUAAAGAUGGUGAGCCACCAGUUUGAAGGAGCCCAGAUUCUGUCCCAGCUGCAGUGUUCUGGAAUGGUUUCAGUACUGGAUCUAAUGCAGGGGGGGUUUCCUUCUCGAGCCCCUUUCCAUGAGCUAUAUAAUAUGUACAAGCAAUAUCUCCCGGGCAAGCUUGCCAGACUUGACCCUCGCCUCUUCUGUAAGGCUCUCUUUAAAGCACUGGGUCUUAAUGACAGCGAUUACAAGUUUGGACUGACGAAGGUGUUUUUUCGCCCUGGAAAGUUUGCAGAGUUUGACCAGAUCAUGAGGUCUGACCCAGAGCACUUGGCAGAGCUUGUCCAGCGGGUCAACAAGUGGCUGGUGUGCAGCCGCUGGAAGAAGGUCCAGUGGUGUGGACUGUCUGUCAUUAAAUUGAAGAAUAAAAUCAAGUACAGGGCCAGCGCCUGCAUUAAAAUUCAGAAAACAGUUCGCAUGUGGUUGUGCAAGAGGAGACAUAAGCCUCGUGUUGAUGGUCUGUUAAAGGUUCAGAAUCUGAAGAAGAGAAUGGAAAGGUUUAAUGAGGCUGUGAGCGGGCUGAAAGAGGGCAAGAUGGAGAUGAGCAAGCAGAUUCAGGAUCUGGCCACCUCCAUCAACUCCCUCAUCACCAAGAUUAAGACCACAGUGAUGAGUCGCACAGAGAUUGAACAGGAAUAUGAGGACCUGGUGAAGCGCUCGGAACAGCUGCUUUCCUCUAUGCAGAAGAAGAAGCAGGAAGAGGAGGAGAUGGAGCGGCUGAAUCGCAUCCAGGAGGAAAUGGAGAGGGAGAGAAAGAGACGUGAAGAAGAGGCACAGUUACGCAAACAGGAAGAAGAUGAACGUCGCAUGAAAGCAGAGAUGGAGCAGAAGAGGAAGCAGGAAGAGGAGGAGAGGAAGAAGCGGGAAGAGGAUGAGCGAAUCCUACAGGUGGAACUGGACAUUCAGUUGGCUCUAGAGCGGGAGGAGGAGGUUCAGAGGCAAGCAGUAUUGGAGCAGGAAAGGAGGGACAGAGAGCUGGCCAUGAGGAUAGCUCAGAGUGAAGCUGAACUCAUCCAGGAUGAGUCUCAGAUGGACCUCAGCCUACGCAGGGGUCCGCAAGUACAAGCCAGCAAAGCAGCCACCGGGGUGAAGAAGUACGACCUGAGCAAAUGGAAAUAUGCAGAGCUUCGAGAUGCUAUCAACACCUCCUGUGAUAUAGAACUACUGGCAGCUUGCAGAGAGGAGUUUCAUCGUCGUUUAAAGGUCUACCAUGCCUGGAAGUCAAAGAACAAGAAGCGCAACACUGAGACUGAGCAGAGAGCUCCCAAGUCUGUCACCGACUAUGCUCAGCAGAACCCAGCUCCUCCUGUUCCUGCCCGGCAGCAGGAGAUUGCCGUGAAUAGGCAACAGCGCUACUUUCGCAUCCCUUUCAUCCGCCCUGCAGACCAGUAUAAAGACCCACAGAAUAAGAAGAAGGGCUGGUGGUAUGCUCAUUUUGAUGGCCCCUGGAUUGCAAGGCAAAUGGAGCUGCACCCAGACAAACAGCCUAUUCUACUGGUGGCAGGAAAGGAUGAUAUGGAGAUGUGUGAGCUGAGUCUGGAGGAGACAGGCCUGACGCGGAAACGUGGAGCAGAGAUUCUACCUCGCCAGUUUGAGGAGAUCUGGGAGCGCUGCGGGGGGAUCCAGUAUCUAAAGAACGCCAUCGAGAGCAAGCAGGCUCGGCCCACCUACGCCACAGCCAUGCUCCAGAAUCUGCUCAAAUGAAGAGCAGCUUCAGCUCUUUGUAGCUCUCUGUCAGUCCUUACUGUCUGUACUAUCUGUAAUGACGCAUACUACGUCUUUAGUGCACCGGAGCUUAAACACAGGGACCAGCACCUCUCUGUCUCAGUGAGUAUUUACAUGCUCAUAUGACCAAUGUAGAUUUUGAUUUCCUUCUUUUUGAGAUGAUGACCUUUCUGUCAAUUCAUUUGUUUUUGCUUGAUAUUAAUUUUGCUGUGGUGAUUAGCGUUUUUCAUGCAUAUUCAUACAAAUAUGAUCUGUGCAAUGCCUUAAAGUUUUGUCUUUUAUUUUAAGGGGUAUUUUGUUGGUCACCGAGUUUGAUCUUUUUCCAUUUACUUAAGUUAUUUACAUCAUCACUGUGUCGUUUCCAUUGUUAUUAAAGAUUGUGGGUAUUGUAAUUAUACUCUGUGCUCUGCUUUGGUAUUGUGCUUGCAAAUCUUUUCAUCCCUGGAGUACAUUUUCAGUACAUUUCAGUACAUAUUUUGUACAUCAUUGUUAAUAUUAUAGCAAUAUCAAUCCUAGACCUUUUCCACAGACGGCUCCUGAGCGCUUUGAAGAAAAAAACGAAAAUAAAUCUAGUGACUCGUGUAUUAGAGUGCAUUUGUUCUUGAAAGCACUUUAUUGGACUUUAGAAAUGAUUCCAAAUACUGCCUCGGGCAUAUUUGUGAGAUAUUACAAUGUUAUUUUCGAUACAAAUAAUUUAUUGUGAAAUCUCUGCUGUUGGUAGGCUUCCAAUGACAUAUUUGUUAAUAUGCAAAUUAAUGAACACUUUAGUGUCUGCAAGUAGUCUCAUUACAUUCAAAAUCACAAAAUUGCUUUCGUUAAUAUGGAUUAUAAAAACAUUCAUAAUGUGGAGGUGACAAGUCUAUUACCAUCUAAAGAACAUGCAGUUUUUUUCCUCAGAGCUGAUUUGUAGUUGCCCACAAAUUUUGAUUGCUUAUAAAUUUUCAGUCUGACUUAUGUUUCCUCUAUUAGAAUGUUUUCAUUGACACAAAAGAUUAAAAUACUUGAAUCCAGUGGUUUUGUUGGAUUUGAAUAAAUCCAUUACCUACAAAAUGUUUGUACUGUCCGUGCAUAUUUUACACCUGCUGGUUGAAUUUGAAGAAGAAGAAAAAAAAAACAUUUAUGAAGUACAUAAACCACAAGUCAGAUCUAACACAAGCAGUUCAUUGGUGUGAAAGCUGUUUAUUUUAUUUUAAUAUUUUUUGUUCUGUUCUCCGUAAAAGUGAAUAAUAAAAUAAAAUUAAAAAAUCCUUAUCCUGUA